AUGGCGUGUCAUAAGCCUAGCCUGAUUGCAGUUCUCGAAUCGCAUAUUAGUGGAAGAAGAGCAGAUGACGUGAUUAAAAAAUUGAGUGUUCUACAUUCUCAUCGGGUUAAGGUGAAUGGUUUUUUAGGAGGCAUCUGGUUACUUUGGAAUAAGGAAUGGUCAGUGACAAUUUUAGAAAAUGAUAAACAAUAUAUCCAUGCGUCUGUUGUGGAAAAUGGGUCCUUGCUAAUGCAUUUUACGGCUGUGUAUGGUAGUCCCUCGUUGAUGCAUAGGAGACGUUUAUGGCAGAAACUUCAUAGGAUUUGUGAUCAAUCUCAAGUUCCUUGGUUAGCUGCUGGUGAUUAUAAUGCUUUGCUUACUGCUGAUGAAAAAAGAGGGGGAGCUAUGCAUCGGUCUAGCAUUGAUAAAGACUUUGUGCAAUGGUUUGAAGCUAAUGAUGUCAUUGAUCAUGGAUUUCGUGGUCCAAAAUUUACAUGGCAGCGGCGAUGUUUAUUUGGGCGCUUGGAUAGGGCUCUGUGUAAUGAGGAUUUGUGUCUUCGAUUUAAGGAAGCUAGCGUCUUUCAUCUUCCUCGUCUUUAUUCGGAUCACAGACCUAUUUUGGUCCAGCUUAAUAUGCUAGGAGCAUCUCACACUUCAGAUAGACCUUUUAAGUUUCAAGCAGCUUGGAUGACUCACGAAUUAUUUGGUCAGUUCAUGCUUGAUAAGUGGAGUAGGAGCUCUGAUCUGAUGUCUUCCCUUGGUGGCUUAACAGUGGAUCUAAAGGAUUGGAACUUUCAUGUUUUUGGGAAUGUUUAUAAGCAGAAAAGACAGUUGAUAGCUCGCAUUGAUGGCAUUCAACAUUAUCUGGAGAAUCGACAGUCUCACUUUUUGCAGAAGUUAGAGAUGCAGCUAAGAAGAGAGCUGGAUACUAUUCGCUAUCGGGAAGAAUUAAUCUGGUUUCAAAAGUCUCAGGCGGAUUGA